AUGGGAUGGGGUGCCACUUAUCCGGUAUACACCAAUUUAAUUUGCAUAAGCUUGGCCUUUUCAAUGAUAGCACCUUUGAUUUUAAUUUUUGCAGCUGCGGCAUUUUUCUUAGUAUACGUUGCAUUUGCCCACAAUUUAUCAUAUGUACUUGUUGAGGGUGCUGAUUUGAGAGGUAGAAACUAUCCUACAGCGCUAUUUCAAACUUUCACUGGAAUUUAUUUGGGCCAGAUAUGUAUGAUUGGUAUUUUUGCUGUCGGUAAAGGAUGGGGUCCAAUCGUACUUCAGGCCAUUGCGAUAGGUGCCACUGUUUUCUGCCACGUCAACUUGAACAAGGCAUUUGGUCCGUUGUUAGAUGUUGUUGCACUUGAUUGUAUGCGGCCAUUGGAUGGUGUGUCUCAGACAUAUUCUUUCAAAGGGGUUACAGAGUUCAAGACUAAGAUAUUGGACAAAAAGAAUCUUGAUAAGAAUAAUUUGAUGAAUGAAAAACGAGAGCAUGAACAAAUAAAAAACGACAUAAUCGAUGAGUCUGACAUACCCGAAUCAACAAAUGUUGUUCCCUUGUUAGCAGAUAGAGACUUCAAGACAUUAGAAACUAAGAAUCCCAUUAUUAGAUUCCUCAGGCCCGAUGUCUUUUUAAACUAUAGACAUGUUAAAACUAUGCUUCCUGCAGCCUAUAACAUAGAGCCGGAUAUGACUGACAAUAAGCAUGCAUAUGAUUUGCCUGCAAUCUCUGCUGCGUUACCUGGAGUUUGGAUUCCUAGAGAUCCAAUGGGCUUAUCAAAGAUAGAAAUCGAAGAAACUCCUAAGCCAAUCUCUAUAACUGACGAAAACUCUGGUUUCAACGAGAAAGGUAAAGUCAUUUUCUUAGGUAAAGCACCUAACUAA